UUUAUUUUACAUGUUAAUCAUAAAUAAUUUCACAGGUUUAAAUGAAAUUGUUUUAUUCGCGACAAAAAUUCAAAUAGGUUGACAAAGAACCUUUUGUUUAUUUACAGAACUAAUUAAACAUGGACAUUCAAAUACACGUUCUGAAUUAAGAUUGGUUUUUUUUCGAAUAUCAGUUUUUUGGAUUUUAAAAUUAAACUCCAUUCGGAUAUAAUAAAUUUUCAGACGGAGUUCGAAUAAGAUUCUUCCAAUUUCGGAUAAGAUUUGUAGGAACCUAAUAUUGGACAAAUAAACCUAUGUGUUUAAAAAUUUCACUAAACAACUUAUAAAAAGGUUAAAAACAACAUCAUCAAGCUCUAGUUAUAAAUAAAAGUGAAUAUAGAUAAGCUAGUAACAUAGACUAACCAUAGUAAUCAUUAUUCGCUAUAAAGAGACGAAUGUAAUAUAGUCAAAGCCACGAUGAACAAGCACAGCUGAUGAGCAACUUCAAUGAAAAGGACAAAACACAGCACAACACCAAAACUAUCAUCACCAAUAGUUACAAUAAUUUAGAAAUAUGUAAAAUAUAAAACAUUAUAAAUAAAUGAAAAAUGAAUUAAAAGAUAACUCAUUAAAAACUUACCCUUUUUCAGGAUAAAAAGAUAUAUCCUCAAAUAUUUUGAUAUCUUUAAAACCUAUGCAGUUUUAAAAAUGAAAAAAGUCAAGUUUAGACAAAAAUAUAAAAUUUUAAAAACCUACAAAAUUUUAUGAUAAAAACACAUUUUUUACAAUCUCUUAAAACUCAAAAUAAUUUUUAACAUGAAAAAACGCAUAGUUAUAUAUAAAGACACAUAGUUAUGGAUAGACACAUUAUUGAUAAUUUAACAAUCUUUCAACACCAAUCACAUUUUAUAAUGAAAACACACAACCUUUGACAUUAACUAUGUGUUUUGCUAUUAUUAAUAUAUAUAUUAGACUUAAAUUGAAAUAGUGUUAUACAUGUAAUACUUAUUCAUAAUUUAACAAUCUUUCAACCUUUGACAUUAACUAUGUGUUUUGCUAUUAUUAAUAUAUAUAUAUUAGACUUAAAUUGAAAUAGUGUUAUAAAUGUAAUAAAUAUAACAUAUUUAAAUAAAAAACAAUUAAAUUUGUUAUUUGUUUUUAAGAUAAUGUAAUAAUACUUAAAAUAUUAAAAACAAAUAAUACCUUAAAAAAAAUUUACCCAAGGAUCCAUGAUGUUAUUGAACCGGCUCUGCCCCGAAGGCAUACAUUUCCGUACUCAUAGGAACCGUUUUGCUUGCAAGGCAUUUCUGAACCAGCCGGUUCUGGUUAACGGACGAUAAAAUAAGAAUCAUAACCAUUUUAUAACAACUUUCAUUUAGAUGGCCGGUUCAACUUCUGAUUUCACAAGAUUCCAUAUCAUGUCCCCAUGGCAAGGAGGUUUUACUCCACAUGUGUCAAAGCAGAGACAAGAGAAUCUCAAUCUCCCACCAUAAGUGAACAUUGGAGUCCAUUCGUCUGAUUCUCCGGCAAAACAUUUUCCUGGUGUUCGUGCCGAUUUCCAACAACCUGAUUUGGCUAUGUAUCUCUAAAUAGUAGUUGAAAUCCAAUAUUAAUCGAUUAGAUUAUAUUUCAAAAAAUUUACAUAGGAUUUUUAUGGAUUUGAAAAGUGUUCCCUGCAUGUGUUCAAAAAAAAAGUGUUCCCCGUGUUUUAAAGUGUUACAAAGAAUCAAAUCCGUAGGUAAAUCUUGUUAUUUCUAGAAACCAAUCUCAUAUUACAAUUGUCUUUUUUUUUUUGACAAAGCCUAAGCGUUACAAUUGUCAUUUUCUUAAAAUAGAAAGAGAAGUGAAAAAACAACCAAUCUUAUGAGUUGUCUACAAAGACUUGUGUUGUUUCCAGAGAAACAAACACUGUCAAUUAUAUUUCUCUCCUCUAUUUUUAUUUAUAUAUCUUAAAUUUCUUGUUUUUUCGUUGUAGUUGUACACGGUAAAUUACCAAAUUUGCAUCUUGUUUUUCUCUUUGUUACUUUUGCCUCUUUGUCAUCAUUUGUCAUAGAGGAAACAGUAAAUAAAAAGCGAUCAGAAAAUAUCUUUACCAUGGCCAAGCUUGGGGGGUGAAAAUCACUCUGUGGGUCUCACCUUUCUCAAAUCCCCCCCCCCCCCCCCCCCCCCCCCCCCCCCCCAAAAAGCCGACAAUCAAUUCCAAAAAAGUAAAUAAAAGCUCCUUUUAAUUCUCUCAAGGAACAAAAAGUGAAACCUAUGAUCAUGUACGGAGGGGAAAUAGAGAAAGCAGGUGGAUCGGCCAAUCACAUGUCAAAUGGAGGAGGAGUGGUACUGAAGAAAGGGCCAUGGACGGCGGCAGAAGAUGAGAUACUUUCUGUGUAUGUUAGAGAGAACGGUGAAGGAAACUGGAACGCCGUUCAGAAAAACACAGGCUUGGCUCGUUGCGGCAAAAGUUGUCGUCUCCGUUGGGCCAAUCACCUUCGACCUAAUCUCAGAAAAGGUUCUUUCACAGGAGACGAAGAACGUCUCAUCAUCCAACUUCAUGCUCAGCUCGGUAACAAAUGGGCUCGCAUGGCCGCUCAGUUACCGGGAAGAACAGAUAAUGAGAUCAAGAACUAUUGGAACACGAGGUUGAAACGCCUUCAACGCCAAGGACUUCCUCUUUAUCCUCCAGAUAUCAUCCCUAACCAUCAACUCCAUCCACACCCACAUCAUCAUCAACAAAAUCAUCAUCAUCAUCAGCAACAUCAACAUCAACAAAUGUAUUUUCAACCACAAUCUUCACAACCAAACACACCAUCAUCUUCUCCUCUUCCAUCUCCAACGGCAAUAAACGCAAACCCCUCAUCAUCUUUCACUUUCCACAGCACAAACACAUCAACCGCUUAUCUCCUCCAUCCUCUAAGCCCUCACACUCCAACCACACCGCAAACUCCUUCUCAACUCUCUUCCACACCACCUCCACCGCCUCUUUCGUCUCCUUUAUCUUCCCCACGAAACAACCAAUAUCCAACUCUUCCUCUUUUCACCUUCCCGAGCUCCCAAAUCAACAACAAUAAUACCAAUUUCACUUUCCCUAGACCCCCACCUCUCCUCCAACCGCCUUCAUCGCUUCUUGCCAAACGCUACAACAAUUCUAACACUCCUCUCAAUUGCAUCAACCGCGUUUCAACCGCACCAUUUUCACCUGUUUCUAGAGAUUCUUACACUUCCUUUCUAACAUUACCUUACUCUUCCCCAACCGCUCAAACUGCUACUUACCAUAACACUAACAACAAUUACCCUUCAUUUUCUUUAAACCCUUCACCUUCUUCUUACCCUACAACAACUUCUUCCCCAAGCUUUCUUCACUCUCAGUACACUCCAAAUUAUUCUUCCACAACCUUUCACAACAACCCGGUUUACUCCAUGAAACAAGAGUUCCCUUCAAACCAAAUCCCCCAGAUAGGUGUCUUUAACAAUGUCAACAACUUCACAGACAAUGAAAAACAGAACAAUACCAAUCUUCACAGAAGAAGUAUUAGCUGCAGCCUCUUGGAGGAUGUACUUGAAGAGGCCGAAGCUCUAGCCGGUGGAGAUGGAGACCGACCUUCGAAACGGAGACAACUCACUGCUUCUCCUCCUAACCACCAUAACAACAAUAACAACGAUAAUGAUAAUUUCUUCUCCGUUAGUUUCGAACAAUAUGAUUCUUCUGAAAACAUAUGUUCCUUACAAGAUUUGAAACCGAAGGAAGAAGAAUCCCUUCAAAUGAACACAAUGCAAGAUGACAUAGCUAAACUUCUUGACUGGGGAAGUGAUAGUGGAGAGAUCUCUAAUGGACAAUCAUCUGUUCUCACUGACGACAAUCUUGUUCUUGAUGUUCAUCAACUGAAUUCACUAUUCCCGUCUGACUCCACGGCCGCUGAAACAAGGACCAAUGAUGAACAGAACAAUAAUGAUAAAAUUAACUGUUCAUGGGACAAUUUGCAUGGAGUCAGCUAGAAAAAGUCAACAGACCACAAGAACUAACGAAGACGAAAGUCUUGGAUCUUUGAUUGUAUUGUAUCAUUAAAAAGUUUACUUGUAUUUGCUCCAAAUCGUCUGUUUUCUGUUUAAUGCUAUUUGAUCUCUUACUUAUUUGUGAUUAUUGAUACAUUCAUGUAUUGUUCUUCAAACUCCAUAUUAUUCACUACGUUUCUUUGAUUUCUGUCAAGGAUAUACAAAUCAUUAAGCAUAACCACAACUACCACUUUUAAAAAGAAAUAUGUUGGCAAUAAACAAAGACGAAAUCUGAACUAAUAUUUCAAUGCAUAACAUAUAUUUUUUUCCCUACAACAAAAGAAAACUGCAUGUAAAAGAAUCGAGCAUCUAAGUAAAUGCAUUUUGGUAAAAUCUUCUAUAUACUAAAGCACAAGUCACAUGAACAAUAAAACUUAGACAUGUGAAAUAAGUGUUAAAAAAAAUUGAAAAACAAAAUCCUAUUUUCUACAAUUCCAACUACCUCAAUUCCUAAAAUUUCUGAAAAUUUUCAUUCCAUAUUUUCUUAUCUAACUGUUUUCUUUUCUAUAUAGUUUCUUCUCUAACUUUCCACAGUUUCAAUAUUAUGGCUGUGAAUCUUUUUAAAACGAUCAAAACAGUAAAGAACUUCUAACUUUUAUUGGUCUUCUUUUUUGUCAAUUUCUCACAGUCUCCUCAAAGGCUCAAACUCCACCAUACUUACCAUAUGAUUAUGUAUAGAGCCCAAACAGUAAAAUAAUUCAGAUUUAAAAUGACCCUUGAGUAUACUUCUGUUUGAAAACUCCAAAAAGAAUGAGACAUAAAAGUUUAUCAACAACGAAGGAAACAAGGUAUUUCUCUACUUCUUUUUACUUAUAAAUUGAUUUUAAUAUCUGUUUUGUGACUUCUCUUUAGGAAAUUUAUGUUAUCUAUAUACUAUUUCAACUGUUGCAAAUAAGAAAUUGGGAGUACACCCGUGAAUUUGCAGAAAUAUAUGUUAAAAAAAGUUUGCAGAAAUAAUUUAAAACAACAGAAUAUCAGUAUUAUUUUUGUAAAAUAUUAUCUCAGUUCAUCUAAAAGAUAACUUUAAAUAGAAUUUGGAUUCCCUGCGAAUACAUUUUUCUGUUCAAGGCUCCAAGUAAAUGUUUGCUACUUUAAUAAUAAGAAAUAGAACAAUGAAAAAAGUGUAGCCAUUAAAAAUAAUAUACAUGUGUUUUUAGAACUUGGAAGAUGAUGAACGUGUUUGAGAACAAUUGUGAGAAAAAUCUUAUAUGUGUUUAUUGUAGCAUUUAAAUAUAUAUAUAUAUAUAUAUAUAUUAUUUUUCAUAAUUUAUUUUCUAUUGAGUCUCACUCUUUAUAUAAGGUCUCAAAAUAUCAUAAACAAUAAGUAUAUAUUUUUAUUAUAUUUUCUCAUAAUCUAUCAUAAUUUUGGGCUCUUUGUAUUUAAAAUAAAAAAUGCAUAACUUAAUGGAAGAUUUAUUUACAAGAAAAUACAAAUAAAAA